UUGCUUAAGCUUGUUAGAAGAUGGCUUUGCAGUUUGGCAGAUUGCUCGGUUUGUUCAUGUUCUGCAGUGUGCUGAUCGCCGGUAAUGGGCAGCUGCUGUCGCCCAACUUUUACGAUAGAAGCUGCCCGGACCUUCUGAGUAUUGUGCAGUCGGAGAUGAGGAGGGCGGUGGCGGCGGAGAGCAGGAUGGGUGCGUCCAUUCUGCGACUCUUCUUCCAUGAUUGCUUCGUCAAUGGCUGUGAUGGGUCAGUGCUUUUGGACGACAUUCCUUGGCUUUUCGUGGGCGAGAAGAACGCGAUUCCCAACGCUCGGUCGUUGCGAGGCUACGAAGUGAUCGAUGGCAUCAAGGCGAGAGUGGAAGCAGCGUGCGCCGCCACUGUCUCCUGCGCUGACAUCCUCGCCCUCGCCGCGCGGGAAGGCACCACCCUGCUCGGAGGGCCGAGUUGGACGGUGCAACUCGGGCGGCGGGACGCUACGACGGCGAGCCUGAACGCGGCAAACACCAACCUCCCCCCGCCCAACGGCACCCUCGACGAUCUCAUCUCCCUCUUCGUCUCCAAAGGCUUCAGCGCGCGGGAAAUGACCACGCUCUCCGGGGCCCACACCCUCGGCUUCUCGCGGUGCGUAAGCUUCCGCCCCCACAUCUACUCCGACGCCGACAUCGACCCCGCCUUCGCCGCCCAGCGCCGGCAGGGCUGCCCCGUCGCCGCCGGAAUCGGCGAUGAUAACUUGGCGCCGCUGGACCCUACGAGCCCGGCCGGGUUCGACAACGCGUACUACCAGAACCUGAUGCUGCGGCGGGGGCUGCUCAGGUCCGACCAGGAGCUCUUCAACGGCGGGUCUCAGGACUCGGUGGUGAUGACGUACAGCAACAACGCGGCGGCGUUCAGGGUUGAUUUCGCGGCGGCGAUGGAGAAGAUGGGAGGGAUGGGGCCGCUGACGUGGCCGAGUGGGCAGAUCAGAUUAGACUGCAAGAGGGUCAACUAAUUAAUGAGUGCUAUUUCUUUGUAAUUUUCUUUGCUGUUUAAAUUAUUUAUUAAUAAUUUUGUU